AUGGGAGGUGACCGACAACGAAGUAGAGUUCAGGGGAAUUAUAUGAUGAAUGACCGGGGCGAAGCUCGAAGAAAGAAGCCUGAAAAAUGGAAGCAAGGUCUAAAACAACAAGAAGCUCCCAAAGCUCCAGCUUCGAUUCCAGCGCCAAACUCGGACCACUGCCUCACUCAAGUGAUCAAAAAGAUCCUUCCGUCUCCGUCGGACAAAAUUGCAGUCUUCAUUUUUCGCCGAGAUCUUCGAAUCUUCGACAACACGUCAUUGAUUGCUGCUGCUGCUGAUGGCUUUAAAAUUCUGCCUGUUUUUAUCUUUCCGCCAGAGCAAAUCGAGGAGAAGGAAAAUGAAUAUUUCUCGCAUCCGUGUGUCCAGUUCAUGUGCCAAUCUUUGAGCCAAGUGCACAAGGAGUUGGAAAAGCUGUCCUCAAAGUUGCACUUCAUCAAAUUGUCGAACAAGGACGCCCUAACGGAGUUGAAGAAAGAAGUCAACUUUGAAGCAGUUUACUCGAAUGAAGACUACUCUUUCUACGCGGUUUCAAGAGACAACGAAGUCCGAAGCUGGUGCCGCGAAAAUCGAGUCAAAUUCGUCCAAAAGGAAGACUACGGGAUGAUGAAACUUGACGAGAACUUGGACAAGUUCAAGCGACCGAUUAGGACUCACGCCGCAUUCAUGCGCGGUUUUAGAGCGAAUUAUACAGUCAGGCGGCCGACAGAAGUGCCUUGGACUGGAGCGAAUUUUGCCAGCUAUGAUUUAAACUGCGAAAUUCCAGAGGAGAAGAUACACACCUUCUAUCAGAACAACCCUAAACUCGCUGUUCGUCCAGGCAGAACUGGGGGAAUGGAAAAUCUCAAAUCCUUUGAAAAAUUGGUCGAUUACCGAGCAGUUCAUAAUAUGCUCGACUUGGAAACAUCACGAAGCUCUCCUCAUACGAAAUUCGGAACAGUUUCGGUCCGAGAGACAUAUUGGCGAGGAUUCGACUUGUUUGGCGAAGACUUUCAUGUUAUCAGACAGCUGGGCUGGCGGGAAAUGUACUUGAAAGUUUACGCGGCCCGUCCUGAAUGGCAAAAGGGACAGGCUAUUCACAAAGUACUAGACGAACACGUCGACUGGAGCUACGAUGAAGAGGUCUUCCAAAAAUGGUGCCUGGGCGAGACAGGUUUUCCGAUCGUCGACGCUGGAAUGCGAGAAUUGAACGAGACGGGAUUUCAGCACAACCGCGCGCGAAUGAAUUGUGCAUCUAUUCUGACCAAGAUCUUGCUGAUCGACUGGCGAUGGGGAUACAAGUACUUUUAUCAGAAACUGGUUGACUCUGACAUUUUCAACAACACCGCUGGCUGGGGUGUGCUCAGUUCCACUGGCUUAGGCCAAGGCUCGGCUGGACCCGACAAUCCGCCGUACAUCAACCCCUUCAACCCGUUCAUGCAGAGCCAGAAAUUCGACCCGAACUGCGAAUACAUCAAAAAAUGGGUGCCUGAGCUGGCUAACGUCCACGCCCGCGACAUCCACAAAUGGCAAGAUCAAGCUGUCCGACGAAAGUACCCUAACUGUAAAUACCCCGCUCCAAUCGUCAACUACAGUCAGGCGGCACAGCGCUGCCACGACAUUUUUACCAAAGCUGCCAGCAUUGCAAAGUCUGUAAAAUAA